UAGCCUACAAUCAAGUGGAAUCUGGAAGGCUAUGGACAGGAGAAUGAACUUGAACGGGCCAGGGGACAUUUUCCACAAAACUCUCAGCGCCGUGUCCAACAAAAAGAUGGAACCUUUCAGAUCGACAGCCGGAAUGGACCUGCCUGUCAGAGACCGCCAGUCUCCAAUAAGCUGUUUCGACCAGACCGAUUCGGACCCAAUUCAACCUGGAGGACUGGCAGGGGGUCGAGGGGGAACGCUGGGUUUGCCGACCGGAUCUUUGUGUGUAAAGUACGGGGAGAGUGGCAACAGGACCGAGAGCAGUGGCGGGGAGCAGAGUCCAGACGAUGACAGUGACGGCAGGUGUGAAAUGGUCCUCCUUGCUGACGGGAGAACGGUGGCAGCGGGUAAACCCGAGGGAGGUAAGAAAAACAAAGAGCAGAAAACGCUCAGGCUAAACAUCAACGCGCGCGAAAGACGGCGGAUGCACGACCUGAACGACGCGCUGGACGAGCUUCGCGGCGUCAUACCAUAUGCGCACAGCCCCUCCGUGCGAAAACUCUCCAAAAUCGCCACUUUACUGCUCGCCAAAAACUACAUCCUCAUGCAGGCACAGGCGCUGGAAGAGAUGCGGAGGCUUGUGGCUUAUCUCAACCAAGGCCAAGCCAUCUCUGCGGCUUCAAUACCCGCCACCACUGCUCUGGCAGCACCCAACUUAAGUGCGUACGAGCAGCCGCCUGGGUACCCACCGGUAUUUCCCACCGGAGUGCCAGCAUCCUCCUGUCCCGAUAAAUGUGCUCUUUUCAACAAUGUCACCUCUAGUCUCUGUAAACAAUGUACUGACAAGCCUUAACUGCAUCACAAGAGUGACCGAUUAAGAGAGACUCAGAGAAGCACAUGCGAAGACUACACCACUUUCUAAAACACUUCGACUUCGGAGA